AUGCCUCAAAAGCAACCGAGAAUUGCUAUCAUCGGUGGAGGCCCUGCUGGCCUCACCCUAGGCGCCUUGCUGCACCAGCGCGGCAUCCCUUUCACUGUUUACGAACUUCGGCCCCGUCCGACAGACAAAGAGCUUGCUGCACCAUCAGGAAUGCUUGACCUCCACGAUGAAUCAGGCUUGGCAGCUAUUCGUGCCUGUGGCCUCUACGAGGAAUUUCUCCCUCUAACCGGAGACUGCGAGGAGGCAAUGAUAGUUGCAGACAAGCACGGCAACAUUUUGCACUCAGACCAAGGCGGAGCUGAAGCGAGACCUGAGAUUGCCAGACACAACAUCAUCAAGCUGUUCCUGUCGAAGAUACCGGCCGAGUCGAUUAAGUACGGCACCAAAGUGCUUUCGGCAGAUAGGAACUCCACCUCAGGCGAGGUCACACUGAAGCUGAAUUCGACGCAAGAUGCCGGCGAAAAUAUUUCGGAAACCUUUGAUCUCGUCAUCGGCGCAGACGGAGCGUGGUCCAAGAUCCGGCCCAUCCUCAGCGAUGUGAGGCCUCAGUCAAGCGGGCUGCAGUACCUCACUCUGCUCAUCAGGGACAUCGCAACACGCUACCCACACCUAGCAUCCCUGGUCGGCAAGGGCUCGUUCCUCGCCCUCGGCAACAAGCACGGCCUCGACAGCCACCGAGCCGCGCAGGGCUCAGCGCAGAUAUACCUGUUGACCAAUGCGCUCGGCGGAGACGAAAGUAAGAUCGUCGAGUCGCUCUCCAGCCUUUCCAUCCCUGAGCUCAAGGAGCACUUUCUCAGCGACGAGAAAAGCUACGGCGAUUGGGGCUCGGUUCUGAAGGAGCUCAUCACAGUCGCCUUUGAUGAGGAGGCCCGGAACAACGGCACUGUCCAGAUCAAGCCACUCGCCAUGCUCCCUAUCGGCCACAGGUGGGAGAAUAAGUCAGGAGCAACGCUCAUCGGGGACGCGGCGCACCUAAUGACGCCCUUCGCGGGCGAGGGCGUCAACCUGGCGAUGUGGGAUGCUCUGGACCUGACGGCGGCUAUUUCGAAGGCAUGGGAGGCACAAACGGAGACGGGAGGUGAUAGGAGUGACUUCAGGACAGAACUGGGUCCCCGGCUCAAGGACUUCGAGGAGGCUCUGUUCGCACGCGCAGAGGAAAAGGCCGAGGAGACGUGGCGGAACAAGGAGAUGAUGUUUGCUGAGGAUGGAGCAAAGGGGCUCGCGGAUCUGAUGGCGAGCUUCUAUAAGGCGGAGUCGCCUCAGUGA